CGGCCGUUCGAAGCAACUCGCCGCAGCCUCACCCGUUCGCUACGUUACCGUGCUUUGCCUGGGACUCCCCCCCAAGUUUAUUUCGGCCUGUUUGUAAACACCGGAAAAACAAUCGGCGCCCCUUUGCGUUGCAUCGGCUAACAUGAAACACCAUGAAAACAAAGCGAGGCCAAGUCUAGCCCUUGCGCAUUGAUGGACGCAUCAGUGUCACACGCACAAAGGAUUUGCUAUGCCAAACUCGAAUCGACUUCUGGCCAGACGUCCGCCGUGCGAAGUUCCCUUGGAUGCGGACUUCGACUCCUACUGGGAAAAUGAGUCCCGCAACAACAAUCGGAACCGCAUCCGAGUAGGUCGCCAGUAUCAGGCCACUGUGCCCGCGCUGCUGCGACCCGGAGAAAGCGAUGGACGCCGCUUGGAAGACCUCGAGACGCUACGUUGGCGGCCAGAGAGCUUGUCAGACCAGAGCAUCGACGAGUACCUCUCUAUGGCCAAGGCUGUCAGCCUCUUUGCGCGUGCCAUGGACAAGUGGCAGGCGUGGGGAGAAGGGGGCCCCGAAGGCUGCUGCCUCCAGACGGCGCUGCGGGGCCUGUCGGACUUUGUGACGUCCCACCACGGCUGCCACCACGACGCGGGCUGCCAGGUGGGGCCCACCCUGCCCUGCCACUGGACCCCCACGGAGGCCAGCCUGUUCGCCCGGGCACUGGACGAGUGCGGCAAGAACUUCGGCGCCAUCAAGAAGGACUUUCUCCCCUGGAAGCCCGUCAAGAGCCUGAUCGAGUUCUACUACCAGGGGCGCAUGCCCAAGCAGGAGAGCGACGGGCAGGAGCAGGAGGCGGGUUGCUCCACGAGCACCGGCGCCAGCUGCACCAGCAACUGCUCCACCAGCAAGUGCACCGCAAACUGCACCAGCAACUGCAUCAGCAACUGCAUCAAAAACUGUAUCAAGAAGGAGGUGAAGGAGGAGCCCGUGGAGGAAGACGAGGAGGAGGAGAGAGAGGAGGAGAAGCAGAAGGGGGACGAGCCUCCUCCCGAGGGGACGGCGGAGGAAGCGCCCGGCGUCUCCGGCCCCGAGGUGAAGCCGAUGCGAGCCAAGCCGGUGAAGGCUGCCGAAGAAGGUCCGGCGUCUGUCGCGCCCGUGGGCAGCCUCAAGUUCUUCCUCGGCGGCCGCCUGGUGUUGAAGUUGAGCGCCCAGGAAGGCGGCGCCUGGGUCGAAGCCCAGGACACCCCCCGCCUGGGACGUCCCAGGCAGCCGCCCCCGGACGACGCGAGCGACGAGGAAGAGCCGUCUCCCCCCGGCAGCGGCGGAGGCGGCCCCCCGCAGAAGGGCACCUCGCGCUGCACCUCGUGGCCCGAGACUGCCACCCCCGGCGCCGGCGUCGUCGUCUGCCGGCGGCGCCUCCGCAUCCACGCCGGAGGAGAACAACACGCAGAACAGUACGGAGGAGGAGGAGGCGGGGGACGAGAGCCCACCCCUGCCGGCGCCCCUCCGCGAGGCGUCCCCCAAGUGCCUGCCGCCCCCGGCCAGCGCGGCGCCAGUGACCGGCGCCGGCACCCUGCCACCUCCCGGCUGUGCGGAGCGGUGCCGGCCGCUGUCUGGCUGGAGGUCACCCCGGGGGGCGGUGCCUUUCCUGGGGCCGCUGUUUGCGGCACAGUGUUGCCCGACCACCUUCCUACCAGCCAGCACAGCGGACGCGCCGUUGGACCUGUCUUCCCCGGUGGACGCCAAGAAGCUUCCUCUGGUGCCAAAGUGACCCAGCCUUAGCUAGUGUGUGUGAGUGUGUGUGCGUGGGUGUGCGUGCAAUGGGGCCCCCCUCGCGAGGCCUGUACAUAGCUUCCUCUAUUUAUUUUGCAACCACGGCCUCUGGACCACAGCCUCGAGACCACCACCACCGUCGGCGCGAGCGGAAGGGCGCCGUCUGCAACAGUCUGCGGCCCCCCUGCGCCGCCGCGACUCCCCUCGUGACUCUCCCUUUUUGCCCCCUCCCCCCCCCUUCCUUGCAUGACUCCCGGUAAGAAAAAGCGCGGGUCCCUUUUUUUAUAGCGACGUGCGUGUGUGCGUCCAGAGGAGCAGAUUCUAGGCAGGCGGCGAAUAAUAAAGUUGCUGCCGUCUGGCAUCCCCUGG